AUGCUGCUGCUGGCGAGAUGCCUGCUGGUGAUGCUCAUCUCCUCCCUGCUCCUGUGCUCGGGGCUGGCGUGCGGACCCGGCAGGGGGUUCGGGAAGAGGCGGCACCCCAAAAAACUGACCCCUUUAGCCUACAAGCAGUUUAUCCCCAACGUGGCGGAGAAGACCCUAGGGGCCAGCGGAAGAUACGAAGGGAAGAUUACACGAAACUCAGAGCGAUUUAAGGAACUCACCCCCAAUUACAACCCCGACAUCAUAUUUAAGGAUGAAGAAAACACUGGAGCCGACCGGCUGAUGACUCAGAGAUGCAAGGACAAGCUGAAUGCCUUAGCCAUCUCCGUGAUGAACCAGUGGCCCGGAGUGAAGCUGCGGGUGACCGAGGGCUGGGAUGAGGACGGCCACCACUCGGAGGAGUCGCUGCAUUACGAAGGCCGCGCGGUGGACAUUACCACCUCGGACCGGGAUCGCAGCAAGUACGGCAUGCUGGCGCGCCUGGCCGUGGAGGCCGGCUUCGACUGGGUCUACUACGAGUCCAAAGCGCACAUCCACUGCUCGGUGAAAGCAGAGAACUCGGUGGCGGCCAAAUCGGGCGGGUGCUUCCCGGGCUCGGCCACGGUGCACCUCGAGCAGGGCGGCACCAAGCUGGUGAAGGACCUGCGCCCCGGGGACCGCGUGCUGGCGGCAGACGACGAAGGCCGGCUGCUCUACAGCGACUUCCUCACCUUCUUGGACCGCGACGACGGCGCCAAGAAGGUCUUCUACGUGAUCGAGACCAGAGAGCCCCGCGAGCGCCUGCUGCUCACCGCCGCGCACCUGCUCUUCGUCGCGCCGCACAACAACUCGGCCGCCUGGGAGCCCGAGGCGCUGUCGGGCGCCGGGCGGCCGCCGGGGGGCGCGCCGGGACGCCGGGCGCUCUUCGCCAGCCGCGUGCGCCCGGGCCAGCACGUGUACGUGGUGGCAGAGCGCGGCGGGGACCGCCGGCUGCUGCCGGCCGCCGUGCACAGCGUGACGCUGCGCGAGGAGGCCACCGGCGCGUACGCGCCGCUGACGGCGCAGGGCACCAUCCUCAUCAACCGGGUGCUGGCGUCGUGCUACGCGGUCAUAGAGGAGCACAGCUGGGCGCACCGGGCCUUCGCGCCCUUCCGCCUGGCGCACGCGCUCCUGGCCGCGCUGGCGCCCUCGCGCACGGACCGCGGCGGGGACGGCGACGGCGGGGGCGGCGGCCGCGUCCCGCCCGCGCCGGCUGCGCCAGGGGUGGCCGACGCCCCGGGUGCCGUGGGCAUCCACUGGUACUCGCAGCUGCUCUACCAAAUAGGCACCUGGCUGUUGGACAGCGAGGCCAUGCACCCGCUCGGCAUGGCGGUCAAGUCCAGCUGA